CCUUCACCGCUUCCCUCCUCUCCCACCCUCCCCUUUUCCAGGCAAACUUUUGGCUUAGCAGCCAGAGCCCAUCAUUUCGUGCUCCGGUGACUCUCUCCUCGCAAAUGUCUUUCGAUCAGGGGAGCCAUUAGGAUAAGGGUGGGGGAGGGAGGAAAAAAAAAUUAUACCGUACACCCAGCCCCAGCCCCAGCGCAGGGAGAGAGAGGAAGGACCCGGGAUGCGAUAAUUAUGCAAAGGGAAAGCUCGGCAACCCAGAUCUCGGGCGGCUUUCCCUUCCCGGGGUGCUGAAAGGCGCCGGAAAAGAGAAACUGGGGGAGGAAAAGAGAGGCAAGAAGCGAGAGAGGCGAGCCGAGGAGCCCACGCAGCUGCCAAAGGAGGGGGGAAACCUGCACGCCCGGAGCCCGGACCUGGGGACGAGAGAUGCAACCGGCAAGCAAGCUUUUGAGCCUCCUCUUCCUCAUCCUGAUGGGCACAGAACUCACCCAAGUGUUGCCUACCAAUCCAGAGGAAAGCUGGCAGGUUUACAGCUCUGCCCAGGACAGUGAAGGCCGGUGUAUAUGUACGGUGGUGGCGCCCCAGCAGACCAUGUGCUCUCGUGAUGCCAGGACAAAACAGCUGAGGCAGCUAUUAGAAAAGGUGCAAAACAUGUCCCAGUCAAUAGAAGUAUUGGACAGGCGAACCCAGAGAGACUUACAAUAUGUAGAGAAGAUGGAGAACCAGAUGAAGGGGUUGGAGUCUAAAUUCAAGCAGGUGGAAGAAAGUCACAAGCAACACCUGGCAAGGCAGUUCAAGGCAAUAAAAACGAAAAUGGAUGAACUUAGGCCUUUGAUACCAGUGUUGGAAGAGUACAAAGCCGAUGCAAAAUUGGUAUUGCAGUUUAAAGAGGAGGUCCAGAAUCUGACGUCAGUGCUAAACGAACUGCAAGAGGAGAUUGGCGCCUAUGACUACGACGAGCUUCAGAGCAGAGUGUCCAAUCUUGAAGAAAGGCUCCGUGCAUGCAUGCAAAAAUUAGCUUGUGGCAAAUUGACAGGAAUAAGUGACCCGGUUACGAUAAAAACUUCAGGAUCGAGGUUCGGCUCCUGGAUGACAGACCCCCUGGCAUCGGAAGGAGAUAACCGGGUUUGGUAUAUGGAUGGCUAUCACAACAACCGUUUUGUCCGAGAAUACAAAUCUCUGAUUGAUUUCAUGAACACGGACAAUUUCACUUCCCACCGCCUCCCUCACCCUUGGUCGGGGACUGGUCAGGUGGUCUAUAAUGGGUCUAUCUAUUUCAACAAGUUUCAGAGCCACAUAAUCAUCAGAUUUGACUUGAAAACGGAGACAAUCCUCAAGACCCGCAGCCUGGAUUACGCUGGCUAUAACAACAUGUACCACUACGCCUGGGGAGGCCACUCAGACAUUGAUCUGAUGGUGGAUGAAAAUGGCCUGUGGGCUGUCUAUGCCACCAACCAGAAUGCGGGGAACAUUGUGAUUAGCAAGUUGGAUCCCAACACCCUGCAGAUCCUCCAAACCUGGAACACCAGCUACCCCAAACGGAGUGCUGGGGAGGCCUUCAUCAUCUGCGGUACUCUCUAUGUGACCAACGGAUACUCUGGAGGAACCAAGGUUCACUACGCGUACCAGACCAAUGCCUCAACGUACGAGUACAUUGACAUCCCGUUCCAGAACAAAUAUUCCCACAUUUCCAUGUUGGACUACAACCCGAAGGAUAGAGCCCUUUAUGCCUGGAACAAUGGGCAUCAAAUACUUUACAACGUCACCCUCUUCCAUGUUAUCAGAUCUGAUGAGUUGUAGUUCGCUCUGCCUAGAAACUAAUGAUUCCAGUACUAACACUCAUGCAAGUUAAACAGCUGCCAAAAUUAAAGAAUAUCAUCAGUGUGGAUUACAUGACAUUAGAAUGAUGAGCAUUACCUCUACAUUUCUAGAUUCUAAGCCUGCUCCAGACUUCAGAAGAAAAAAUAAAAUUACAUUAUUUGCAGCUGGAACUGCAGUUAAGGGUCCCCUCUUCCUUCUGCCCCAAUAGCAAACUAACGUACUAAAGAAAUAAGGCAAUGACUGUUGGAUAUUUCUUUCUGGGGGAACCCCCCACCCCGAAUUGGGUUGCAUGGACAUUUUUCUUAGAUCGUGGUGAGCUUUGAUGGAUGUGAUUUCGUGUUCUAAGUGAGAGUUGGUCCAAAGGGUGUCCUUGGGGCCUGAUGAGACUAACAUGGGUUAGUUUUCCUUGCAUUCCUUGCAGCUACUGUUUCUCAACUGUGUUUCUGUCCCUUAGAUUAACUGUACUGAGACCCCAAAGUAGUUCAUGGAUCUGUGUCUUAGUAAUUAAUUAAAUACGAUGGUUGAAGUAUGUAUAAUGAACAGUUGUUGUAUCCAUAUUGUUUGAACCUAUGUAUUCAGCAAAUAUAUUGUAUACUGUAUGUCUGUUAUUUACCAGAGGUGGCAACUUUGUAUGUCCAGUUUAUGCAAUGAAUGUUGUAAAUGCAAUUGCUGUAGUUUGGAUUAAUAAAUGAUGGUUUUGUUUCUAAAAUGAAAACAAAAAUCAGUGUUCACCCUUAUACAAAGAUAAGCAAUUUCAUAUUGAUAAUAAUCCAAGGAAAUUAUUAUCUUCUUGUUACAAUAGCUAAUUAGUUGAAGUGUCAGUGGGAAUAGCUUUGGGGAAACUCAAGGGCAGGAGUUUCCGAUAGGAAGUUUGGUGAAGGUUAGAGGUUGAAGGAAACGACAUUUUUUUUUAAAGAAGAAAAAUUUGUGCUAUCCACAGUUAUCUAAGGAAUAAUAAAUAAUAUUAGGAGGUAUUCUGGUUUCAUUUGUUGUAAUCCCCAAGAGGAGGAGUGUGACCGUGAUCAAAUGGAAAAUAAAAAUGAAAUUGA